AUGGAUACUAAGUGUAUGGACGUUAUCAAGAAUGAAGAUGAAGGGUUAGAAAGAUCUGAAUUACUGCUGAAUACAAUGGAGGAGAAGGGAAGCGAUACCGUAGGCAAUGAGAACAGCGAUGAAGAAUCAGUUUGGUCUGAAUUCCCUGACCAUAUAGUGGAGGAGAUAUUUUCGAACCUACUGUUCGAAUUCACUCUUCCAUUUCGUAUUGUUUGUAAACAAUGGAAUAAGCUCUUAUCCUCUAACAGAUUUCUAUGUUCACUGGCAGAGAGCGAUCCAUGGAUUCUUCUAUGCAGCUCAACGCAUUGCAUGGCAUACUGUUUUCUCACGCAGUCUUGGAAAACUCUUUCCCUUAGUUUCCUGCCAAGCCGAACAACGAAAAGUCUAUCAUUAGGCAAUUCAAGAUUCUGUAGUUCAGGUGCAGGCCUACUGGUAAUCGAAUUCGGAUGUCCUCGGAAAUAUAUGAUCUGUAAUCCAAUUACAAGGACCUACAGAUAUAUUCCCCCCGUCAUAUCACAGAGUGCAACUUUAUCGGAAAUAAUGGACAACGGGGAGUCCUACAAAAUUGUGGGCGUGACACAUGAAAGAAACCCCGGUUCCCUGCAAAUUUACCAUUUUUCUAAAGGGUCAUUCCAGAUUGAACUCGAGUUGCCACUCGAGCCAAGAGAUUUUCCUGUUUCUCAUAUUUGUUGUGCCAAGGGUCUUCUCAUGUGCGUCUUAAACCAUGGGGAAUUUGUGGUUUGGAACAUGGAAGAUAAGCAAGUGCAACGAUUUUCCUUUCCGUACCCGAAUCUAUAUAUUCCAGGGGGUAGGAUAAACACAUGGACCGAACGACUGGUUGUAUGUGUGUCGUCGAUACUGUUUGUAAGAACAUAUUAUUCCGACUCCGUUCUUACCUCUUUCGUGAUUGUAUGGGAAUUGUUCCAGGAGGAAGAGAGCUCUAUAUGGAGUUGGAAAGAGAUGUCAAGAAUGCCUCCUGAUUUGUGUCGUAAAUUUUUUAAUGCGCGUUCAAUUAAAAUGGGAAAGUUUUCAGAGUAUGAGACUUUCAUUGUUGGAAAUUUUCUCUGUUUCAGAAGUGGGUAUAGAAAUACCAAGCUAUUUGUCUACAGCUUACAUGACAAGUGUUGGAGUCGGAUCAGGGUUCCUGAUUCUGUCAGAUUUAGAAGGUAUAACACAAAUUUUGAGUUUCAACCUAAGCCAGGCAUGAAGAUAUAG